UCUCUUACCUCAUCAACCACUAAACAAUCCAAACUCUUCUUCUCAAGUCAUUCUCUUAACUCUACUAGUCAUUGUAUAAUCUAUUUUCUAUCCAACUAAUCUCAUUUACAACACUGUUUCUAUACAAUGUCCUGCUGUCACUGUUCAAAUUUGUUUUCACGAGUCCCACAAAUGUGUUUCUUUUGGUUAUAAAUUGUUGGCCUAUGCAUGUCUCAGACUUCAAUUAUGGUUUACUCCCAAAUGGGCUUGCUCAAGCUUCCAUUGGUGGUUAUACUUUGCUCAGUUUUUUCUCUUUUGAUUUUCAUAGCACUCUGGAUACCUCAGAGCUCACUGUGAAUUUCUUGAAGACUCCCAUGCAUUCUCAAAUCUCAACUCAACCAAAUUCGUCUUUAAAGUUGUUGUGGGUGGGAGUGGCGCUUGCACCAAUUGUAAUAGCACUUGCAAGUUGGACGAUGGCUUUGGCCGCAUUAAUGCUUCUCAAUGUGAAAAUGGGACGGUUAUGUGUGAAGACUUGCAGGAUGGAAAUCAUAAAUUUGAGGUUUCCCCCAACGGGACUCAAGGAGUUGGCAGCAGUAGCUAUAACUGGACUGUUGAUAUUAUCCCGCCAACGGCAUAUAUCUCAGCCUCAACACCUUUCACAAAUGCUCUGAAUGUUUCUAUAAAUAUAUCUUUCAGUGAACCCUGUACUGGUGGAGGUUUUGAAUGUUCAUCUAUGAAAUGCAAUCUUUUGGUCUAUGGUGCUGGCCAAGUUAUACCAAACUCGCUCAAAACUCUACAGCCAAACCUUCAAUAUUCUGUCCUUGUGGGUUUAUCAUUCAUUGCUCAGUUUGGGCGAGUGAGUUUGGUAAUGGAUAAGAAUUUUUGUACUGACAGUGCUGGGAACAAAUUUACAAGAAACGCAAAUUCUACUUUGUAUGUGCAUUUAAAUAGACGAAGUAUCAACUUAACUACUCACGUUCCUAGAAGGCAACUUCAAUUAAAUGGUGAAACUAUACUGGUGCGAGCAACCAAUAACUAUAAGAAAUUGAGGUCUGUUUAACCUUUCCAGAGCCUGUUCUCAACACAUCUGAAGAAAUUAACAAUUCUCUCAAAGCGGAAAUUUUAUAUUCUCUCCAAAUGAGUGAGGGCUCACUUCUUCCUCUGGUUGACACUAAAAAAUAUGAAGGGCGUAGCAGAUUUGUAUUUAAGGUUGCUACACAUAUUUGACACGACUGUAGUCAAUGUAAGCAUUGAUACAAACUAUAUAAUAAGCAGACAGGGGACUUCAGUUUCCCCAGUUGAACCAUUUGCUUUCAUAUAUGUGACAAAAGCAGACCAAGAUAUUGUAUCUGUCAAUGUUCCUGAAAACGUAACUGGGGAUGCUGCUGGAAACAAAAAUGAGCCUUCCAAUGUCCUACAAGUAAUGCACCAUUCUGUGCCGAAAAUAUCUCAUGCGUUUUAUGGAUCUAUAACUGGCUCAUUUGUCGUGAUAAUUAUUGCUGCUGGGCUGCUUACGGUUUCGAUAGCAAGCCUUAACUCCACUGGGGAAUCUUCAAGUCCAUUUCCUUCUCCCUCUCAGUCUGAGAGUAAUCUUUUUAGAAUUGCAUGCCAUCUUCAGGUUAUUGCAUUAUCUGGAUGGUUGGCAGUGAGACUGCCAGUGGAGUAUUAUGAAUUGACAAGGGGUUUGCGAUGGAGCAUUCCCUACUUAAGUCUUCCAUGGGAAAGGGAAACUGGGCGCACCCGUCUGGUCAUGGGGAACUCGAGUCUCCCUGUCAACGUACAAACGUCUAGACUUCAACUAUCGGAAAUCAAUAAAAAUUUGUUAAAGCUGGUUGGAAAGGAUUAUGAAUCAUUAGCUGAGACAGAACAUCUUGAAUCUGCUCUUGAUCCAAGAAUUUUAGAUGGGUGGAGUGAUUUUGGUAGAAAUAUGUUCUGGUUAGCCAUAAUUGGUGGCGGUUUCAUAAACGUGCAUGCUUUACUCCUUCUCAUCCUAUACUUGAAGAAGAAAAAUUCUAAAGAGCAGGGGGGUUCUGGAGUACUCACAUCCCUAAGAUUUGAAAUAAUCAUUGUAAAUCUUGGGCUAACUAGUAUUUGUCAGGCCUCUGCAGCUCUGCUGCUAUAAUUGGAGGAGGGACGGCAUCGGGGAUUGCUGUUGGCGUUCUGCUUCUGGGUGUUGUGUCUUUUCUACUGCUGGCUUUGCUCUUGUUCCUCUCUAUAGGUAUUACAUUUGCAACGCUACUUCAAUACGAGGAAGUUCAUAAAGAGGGUCAGGGUUUUUGGUAUCAAAAAAUAGUCCGAGUAUUUUUGGUUUCUGUUGAGGGAGACCCGUGGAGACCCAAAAAAGAAUAUGUAACCAUUUUAGGGUCUCUAUAUGAAGAUUAUAGUGGCCCUCCCAAGUCCAAGCUCCCACAGAUUUCUGGGGUCUCUUCCCAUACACAAGCUGAAGCACCUUUUAUCCAAAAGCUGUUUGGAAAACUCAGAAAAUACUACAGAUUGCUUGAGUCUGUGAUCCAAAAGCUAUGUGGAGAACUCAGAGUAUACUACCCAUUGCUUGAGUCCGUGAGACGUGUUUUGCUAGCGAUUAUGGCUGGUUUCUACGAGGACAACGAGACUUCUAAGAUUCCCAUCACAUUCCCUUUAUGCAUCAAUUGUUUUCAUCUCUUCUUCCUUGUUCUCGAGAAGCCAUUUACUAAGAAAAACAUUCAGUUGCUUGAGAUCACGGCAGUUUCCAGUGAAGCAUGUAUAUCGGCUAUUAUAUUUGUUCUCGGAGAGAAGAAAUUGUCAGACAAGGAUGAGAAUAAAUUUGGAAUUCUCAUGCUUAUGCUUGUCCUAGUGGGAAUUUUACCACAGAUAAUGAAUGAAUUGUAUGAUUUGUACAAACAGAUAAAGCAGCUGGACUUUGAGAACCAUUUCUUAUUAACCGGUUUGAAAAGAGCUUCAUCUGGAUUAACUUUGCUUUUCAGCUCAAAGGAGUUUUCAUUAAGCAGGCCCCCCGCUUUAAAGGAUAAUAUUGGAGAUUCCAACUCUAAACCAACCUCUGUUGCAGAUGAAGAUACAGCUACCGCUACCUCUACCUCUAAUCAAGUCAAAUCUCCAAAUCAAGAUUGAGCAAAAAUUCACCAGUCCUUUGGCUGAAAGUAACAGGAACUCUAGGAGUAGGAACAGGAACAAGAAUUCUUGGAGUAGGAACUCGAGAACAACUGUUCCAGAAAAAUCAUGGUUGAACCAACACCACUCUUUGAUUUAGGUGCUAUAUUUAGUUGCGUAGUUGUUACAUGUUGGGAUAGACUUCAUCCUUUUAUCCUUGGCAUUGUCUUUGCUUAUCAUUUGUUUUAGUUCACCUCAACUUUAUCUCAUUGGUGAGUUACGUUUUCAAGCAUGUAAGGCAUCUGUAAAAGCCUAUGAACAAUUAUAAUAGAUUAUUAUCAGAAUGUAUAUGAGAAAAAUCAAGCUUAUGAAAUUUCUUCUUUGACGUUUA